AUGUCUCCCCAUUCUUAUCCAGGUCUUGGUCUGAAUCUUCGUCACCACGACCAAGAUGGACGCGACGAUGAAAUUUACCCCAUUGGUAUCCACCCCCACUGCCAUGGCGCCGAUUCUGAGAUGCUUCUUGUCAGGGAAGUUGCCAUGAUGAUUGUCAUGGAUCGAUUGACUGAUAAGCCGGAUUGGCAUGUCAAAGUCUCUGAUGACACCAUCGCUGAGAAAUGGAUUGAAGAAGGUCUGGCACUUCCCGUCGAGCCUCUUUACGACGAUAUUGUCGACACAGGGAUGUCCCAUUUAAAGAAACUCACGACCAUCCUUGAUAGAAAAUGUCUCGAAUAUUGUAUCAAAGAACUGCGCGCCAAGGCUGAGUUCUUCAAGAAGACCAAUCUGAUUCCAACACUAGAUGCAAGUGCUUCUGUUGUCAAGUCAGACAACUACAUCGACGAGUCUCUGCGUAAGAGUCUCCAGGCCGCGUUUACCAAGCUCAAGCUCGAGCAGAAGGAUGAUCCAGACUGGCAUCCUCGUUCCAACGACAUGGUUCAAAACCUCGUGCAUCCCUCUCUCUACCCACUCAUCUACGAUCAGACUCGAGUCUUUCGCGACGAGGUAGUUGGGGUAGAGGAUGCUAUCGACCGAUGGAGCGGCAAAGGAGAGAUCAUACCCAAGAACGAACCCAUGCGUGAUGAGAGAGGAUACCGAUACAGUGCACAUAUUGGAGGAAGCAGUGUCGAUAAAUCUUAUUGGUCCGAAAACUAUCAGUGGCUACCUUCCAAUGUUCGCUUCCAGGAUGAUGGAAGUGUGAAGUUGACGAGCUACAUCAAUGGCCUUCACCCUACGAAACACCGUGAGAUAUACAGCACCAUUGAGAAGCUUAUUGAGAGAGCACUACCGGCCUGGGACUUUUGCAUACCUGUCUUUCGAAACUUCAGGACGGUUGGGGCUUGCAGGACAAAGCCUCGGUUUCCGAUGCCUACUAAUCCCGACGAUGAGAAUGAAGAAAACUGGAACAUCAAGCUCGAAGAUGUUCCUGAGUGCAGCGAAGACCAUGACGUACCGGGUGAAGAUGACAGCGACUACAGUCGUUGGGACCAUGAGGAGUAUCAUGAAGCCGAGGACGACGAAGAGCGACAGCAUCAGUACUGGAAGCUUAUCAGGGGACCAGUUCAGCCUGAUGCGCCAAAAUUUAAGGCUUGCGACUACGGUGUCAAGCCUGGCGAGUCUCUACGAGAGCGCUUCAAGGACAUCCAAGUCAUCGUCAAGAUGGCCUCGAUUGAAUUGACCCCCGACAAGCCCAGCUUCCCAGCUGGUGGAUGGCACGUCGAAGGUCAGAUGAACGAGCAUAUCGUGGGCACGGCUCUUUACUACUUGGAUUCAGAAAACGUCAAACCCAGCUCCUUGAAGUUCCGCAUGCAGACAGCCGAGGACCAGUACAAGUUUCAGGACAGGGUAGGUCAGGAUUCUUUUACUUGGAUGGAACGAGUGUACGGUACACAAAUGAGGGGGGGCAGCUGCCUUCAACAGUACGGUAGCGUUGAAACAAAGGAGGGAAGGCUACUCGCCUUUCCCAAUGUCUUUCACCAUCGCGUCUCGCCUUUCGAGCUACAGGACAAGACGAAGCCAGGUCAUCGUCGAUUCAUUGCGCUGUGGCUAGUCGAUCCUCACACUCGGAUCAUCAACACGGGCAACGUACCGCCUCAGCAGCGAGAUUGGUGGCUGGAGAGCGCCUUUGGAAACUUGGAGGCUGAGAAGAUUUUUCAUCCUGGUCUUCAAGCUGCUCUUGAGCAUGGUACACCUUUGCCUCAGGAGUUGAUGGAUAUGGUUCGGAGCGAGGCUACCUCGAGCAUGCCUAUGUCUUUGGCCGAGGCUAAAGAGCAUAGAUUGAAGUUAAUGGAGGAGCGAACCAAAUUUCAAUCGAAAGCAGAGCAGAACUGGGCUAGUGUUGAGUAUAGCUUUUGCGAACACUAG